AUGGAUAAAACGGAUACGGAAUAUGAUGUAGAUGAAUUUGUUGCAAUUAAUGGUGAAAUUUUAGAAAUAUCAUCAGAAGGAAAAUUGGAAGGAGAUGAUUCAGUUGUAAUAUCGGAAAUCUAUUCCGUAGAUCAGGCAAAAGAAAUUCCUGCUACAGAAGAAAAGCUAACCGAAUUUAUAACGGAUGAUUCGAUUCCAGUUAGCAAAAAUUCGGCAUCAGCAGAAAAACUUUGCUCUGUUGGUGCAAUAGAAGAAGAUGUACGUUAUACAGAAAUUGAAUUUUCAGAUGAUCAGGAAUGCCGUAAUGAUUUUACGGAAUUAAACAAGGCUGAAUACUCGGUUGAUCAAGGUACAGAAGACUGUAAUGUUGAGAGAUUGUCAGAAUUACCGGAACUAAUAUCAACGCCAAUUCGGAAAAUGUCUGAGUCACCGGAACUAGUGCCAACGUCAAUAACGAAAACAAACAAUGAAUCAUUUGAGUUGCCAAAAUCGGAAAGUUCAUUUGAACAAUUGGAUGAUCCGGUAGAAAAUGAACAGCAAAUAACUGCUGAUACUGAACAUUUGAGUGAAAAAAUUGAAAUUGCAACAAAAAAUAAUGAAUUGGAAUCGAUGAAAGAUGUUUUUCAGGUGGAACAGUUUCCGGAAUUUCUCAUCGAUAAACAGUUAAAAUAUCAGGAAACAACUACAGCAACUGAAAACAAAAUAAUUGAUAAAAAUUUUGAUACAAAAAUCCAACAAUGUGAUACUGAUAUAGACGAUCAUCUAAAUUUUAAUAAUAAGCAUCAAAGUGAUGAAAAACCGGAAUCAUUUAUUAUUUCAUCCGAAUCGUCUACUUUAAUUUCCGAUAUUCCGGUCAAUGAUACAUCAUCCUUAAUUGAAAAUUCUCAUUCUAGAAUACAGGAUGAAAUUACUGAAAAUAUGGCACUACAAGAGCAAACGAAAAGGAUAUUACAUGAAAUGGAAAUUUCAGGAGUAGAAAGAACAGCCGGAAUAGAGCCGGAAAGAAGCGGAAUUCAGGAUAUUCUACAAACUGAAUCAAAAACAUCAAAAUCACCUGAAUCUAUCACUCAACAAACCAUCAAAAGUUUCGAUAAUAAAGUAAUUGAAGCAAGUAACACUGAAACAAUUCUGUUAGAUAAACCUGAAAUAAUUACAGCAUCAGUAAAAAGAAAACUUCCGGAAUCAAUAUUACUGAAUCCUGAAAAUUUAAUAAUUGAUGGUUUAACAAAUAAUUUUGAACCUGUAAUUUCUGGUAUGCAAGAUGCUCAACCAUUUAUUCUAACUUCACUUGAAACAAUAAAACACGAAACAGAUGAUCAGAUCAAUACUUUUACUUUGAAUAGAUCAAUCACUGAUACUGAUCAUUCUUUUGAAAACAACCAUUCAACAGAAAAUGUUAUCAGUGAUAAGAGCAUUGAUAAAAUGAACGGAACAGAAAUGGAAUCUGAUUUAUCAGAAUGCAAUGAAAAUUCAUUGAUAUCAACAAUUCCACGCUCAGAUAUAUCAUCGAUUGAAUUAAAUGCUCUCGAAGAAAAUUCAAUGAUUUCGAGACAAGUUAUAUCAGAAUGUAGUCGAGAAGAAAUUGAAAAAAAUGAAAUAUUAGCUGAGGAAAAUGAUAAUGUUAUUAUCAGUGAUAUUAUUAUCAGUGAUAAAGAAGAAAAGAAAUUAUCAUCGAAAUUAUUUGAGCCAAAAGAUUUCGAGAAAAUAUCUAAUACAAUAAAUUCUAGAUGCAAUGAAGGAAUUCCGAAAAUUGUUGUUUGUAGUGAUGAAACGACAAUUUCAGAUUUUGAUAAUAUGAGAAAAAUGAUAACAAUGCAAACUGAUAACGAAGCAAUCAAACAAUCAAUGAUAAUAGAGAAAGAUAAUGCUAAAAUGAUGGAUCCGGAAUAUUCCGGAAUAUCUACAAAUGAACCGGAAAAAGUGAAUGAGAUGAAACAAUCGAUGAGAGAGCAGCUAAAUGACUUUUUGGAACAAUAUAUGAAUGAUAUAAUACAAAAUAUUGCAGAAUUAACUGAUGAGAGAAUUGCAAAACGUAAAAUAUCAAAAGAUGAAAUUAAAAAAAUUGCUAAAACUGAAUCUGUUGUUCCUGAAUGCAUUCCGGAAUAUGGAACUCAAUUUACAGGUACUGAUUUAUCAAAAUUAAAAUCAGAUGAGAAAGUGCAAAGAUCAGUGGAAAAUUCGCAUUCUGAAUGUAACAUUGCUUCAUCAAUGCUUACAGAUGAAAUGAUUAAUUCUGAUAAGAAUAUGAUAAUAUUCGAAUCAAAUGGUAUUAUCAGCGAACAAAUGAACAUAUCAGUUCCUUAUCAGAGCAAUGAUAACGCUCAGGAUGAAUAUAUGUUAAGUGAAUGUGAAUCAAAUGUUAAAAAUAAUAUUUCUCUACAGCAAGUAACAAAUUCUAUUGUUGAUGAAUUUCCGGAAUGUAUCAAACAGGAAUUGAAAUUUGAAAAUAGAAAAUUCAAAAAUGAAAUUUCUCAAGCUACUAAUGAUAUCACAACAAAAUAUUGCUGUUUAAUCAGUGGUUUAACAGCAGAUGGUCAAUUAAUUUUAAAUUCAAUAAAUGAAUCAAUCGAGAAUGAAUUUAACAAUUAUUUUCCAUCAAAUAUAGACACUUCCAUGUGUGAUAAUGAUAAAAUUCCAUUGAUAACUGAUAAAAAUGGAAAUCCAGAAAUGCGAAUUUGCAAUAUGCAAAAUAUUCAAACAAUAGAUUUACUUAAUGAAUCAAAAAAUAUUUGUGCAGCUGAUAUGAAUGCAAAUAUUUCAACAAUGCAAGAAACAUUUCAUAUGAAAUCAAUGAAAUAUGAGGAAGAAAUGGAAGAAUGCAAUAUGCUAAGUGAUCAGCAACUAUUAUUGGAGCAAAGUAAUACAGGAGCAGAAGAACAAGAAGUUAUCACUGUGAACAGUAAGUGGUUUAGUGAUAACGAUAAAGGCAAUUAUCAAUGGUCACUGUGA